CUGACGUUCGUGUGUCAUCCCGUGUUCCUUUCCCUUCUCCUUGCAAACUGCCUGGCGAGGAACUUGUUUCAUUCACUCUGUUUGACAGAUUUCCAGUAUCAAAUGGCUACACUCAUCAGGAGGAUAAUCAGCACAACUAAAGCUCCUGCUGCUAUCGGCCCAUACAGCCAAGCAGUGGUGGUAGAUCGGACCAUGUACGUAUCAGGACAGCUGGGGAUGGAUCCUGCCAGUGGACAGUUGGUGGAAGGUGGAGUUCAGGCUCAAACCCGACAGGCUCUUGUGAACAUGGGUGAAAUCCUUAAAGCUGCUGGAUGUGGUUACGAGAAUGUCGUGAAAACUACCGUGCUCUUGGCCGACAUGAACGACUUCAACAAUGUCAAUGAUGUCUACAAGCAGUUCUUUAGCACCAACUUUCCAGCCAGAGCCGCCUAUCAGGUUGCCGCUCUUCCCAGGGGUGGACUGGUUGAAAUCGAAGCAGUUGCCGUGUUGGGACCCUUGACUGACGCUUCUUAACUGGUCCUCCUGCAAAACACCUCAGAAACAUCUACACAGUACUCAAGAAAAUAAAACUUUCUGUUUUAUUGCAUCACAUUUUUUUUUUAGAGGUCAUUAAGUUCCGUCACCAACUAACAGCAGCCAGGCCCCGGACUACUUUCUCCUCUCUCAUUAACAUUGAUGAGACGACGCCGCAUUUUGAAUUCCCUCUGCUCGCGUUUCGUUGGCAGUAGCUGAAAUGCACCUCGGCUUGUUCGUCGGAUUGAAUUACGUUAUCAGCCUUACCUAUGACAGUCUAUCCUCCUCUCUCAUCGUGGAAGGAUGAUCAGAUAUAACUCAUUAAUAAAGAGUGUUCGUUGUCUUAAA